CACAGCUUCCACAAGGAACAGAAACUGAGAAAAGUCUCUUCUCAUAGAAGAAAGUCUCCCCGAUUUCUCAUUUUCUUAUUCUUUUUUCUUCUCAUCACAGUCGGUGGGAAGCAGAAGACUCGACUGUAUCGCCCAUGUUUCUCACUCGAGAAGGGAUGGCAUUUCCUCUGGGUGUGCCAAUUGCCAUUUUUCUGUUACAGAUGAUCUUCUUUGUAUCUAUGCUGAUAGGAGGGGAGACUUAUUUAUCUGAUCCCGUGCGUAACGUUUUCACUUCCGGGGAGAGACAUUCAACAGAGUACUGUGCUAUGUAUGAUAUAUGUGGAGCACGAGGUGAUGGGAAAGUUCUGAACUGCCCCUAUGGUUCCCCAUCUGUGAAGCCUGAUGAGCUGUUCUCAGAAAAAAUUCAAAGCCUGUGUCCUACAAUAAGUGGAAACGUUUGUUGUACUGAGGCUCAAUUUGACACAUUACGGUCACAGGUUCAACAAGCUAUUCCACUAUUUGUGGGCUGUCCAGCAUGCUUGAGGAAUUUCCUAAAUCUUUUUUGUGAGCUUUCGUGCUCUCCAAGACAGAGUCUAUUUAUCAACGUGACGUCCAUUUCUGAGGUUGGUGGAAAUAUGACUGUGGAUGGCAUUGACUACUACGUAACUGAGAAGUUUGGAAAAGGGCUUUAUGAUUCCUGCAAGGAUGUUAAAUUUGGCACCAUGAAUACACGUGCCAUAGACUUUGUUGGUGGCGGUGCUAAAAGUUUUGAAGAACUUUUUGCAUUUCUUGGCAAAAAAGCAGCCCCUGGCUUUCCUGGAUCACCUUAUACCAUAAAUUUUAAGUUGAAUACUCCAAAGUCAUCUCCAAUGGAGCUUAUGAAUGUGUCUGUUUAUUCAUGCGGUGACACUUCACUGGGCUGCUCCUGUGGUGAUUGCCCUUUAUCUCCUGUGUGCUCUAGCUUAGAACCUCCUUCUCCACCAAAAAGCAAUGCCUGCUCCAUCAGAAUUUGGUUUCUUGAGAGCAGUUGCAUUGACUUUUCAAUCACAAUAAUUUAUAUUAUAUUUAUUUCCGCAUUCCUCGGAUGGGCCUUGUUUCAUCCUGCAAGAGAGAGGAGAUUUUCAGCUAGGGAGGAGCCCUUAUUAAACAUUGGAGACGGUCACGAGAUCAGUUCUGUUAACUUAGAAGAGAAUGAGUAUAGUGCAACAAAGGAGCAUGGGGCGCAGCUUACAUUGAGGAAUGGUAUUCAGCUUUCCACUAUCCAAGGAUACAUUUCUAACUUUUAUAGGAACUAUGGAGCUUGGGUUGCUCGGAAUCCUAUCCUAGUGCUGUUUUCCUCUUUAUCAAUUGUUCUGAUUCUUUGUGUGGGUCUGGUUCGUUUUAAAGUUGAAACUCAGCCGGAGAAGUUAUGGGUAGGUCAUGGGAGUAAAGCAGCAGCAGAGAAGCAGUUCUUCGACAGCCAGCUUGCACCCUUCUACAGAAUUGAACAGAUGAUAAUAGCGACCAAGCCUGAAGAAAGGCAUGGCAGGGCACCACGUAUAGUUACAGAGGAUAAUAUUCUAUUACUCUUUGAUAUACAGGAUAAGGUCAAUGAACUUGUUGCGAAUUAUUCUGGCUCACUCGUAUCCCUUAAUGAUAUAUGCUUGAAGCCACUUGGUGAGGAUUGUGCCACACAAAGUAUUCUACAGUACUUCAAGAUGGACCCUGAAAAUUAUGACGACUAUGGAGGAGUACAACAUGCUGAGUAUUGCUUCCAGCAUUAUGCUUCCACAGAGACAUGUUUCAGUGCUUUCAAGGCCCCGCUUGAUCCCAGCACAUCCUUGGGUGGAUUUUCUGGGAACAAUUAUUCUGAGGCCUCUGCAUUUGUUGUCACAUAUCCUGUUAAUAACGCAAUUGAUGCAGUUGGCAAUGAGAAUGGGAAAGCAGUAGCGUGGGAAAAAGCUUUUGUCAAGUUAGUUAAGGAGGAGCUGCUGCCACUAGUGCAGUCCAGGAAUCUUACUCUUUCUUUUUCGUCAGAGAGCUCAAUUGAGGAAGAACUGAAAAGAGAAAGCACUGCAGAUGUCCUGACAAUUGUUGUAAGCUACCUUGUUAUGUUUGUCUACAUAUCAGUGGCUUUGGGAGAUUCAAGUAUUUCUUCUUCUUUCUACCUGUCCUCUAAGGUUUUGCUUGGCCUUUCAGGAGUUAUUCUUGUCGUGCUCUCUGUUCUAGGAUCUGUUGGAUUUUUCAGUGCCAUUGGAGUAAAAUCAACAUUAAUAAUUAUGGAGGUUAUUCCAUUCUUGGUCUUGGCGGUUGGGGUCGAUAACAUGUGUAUACUAGUACAUGCUGUGAAACGACAGCCAUUUGAGUUGACUUUAGAAGAGCGCAUAAGCAGUGCGCUGGUUGAAGUUGGUCCUUCCAUUACACUGGCUAGUUUGUCAGAGAUCUUGGCAUUUGCAGUUGGAGCUUUUGUUCCCAUGCCAGCCUGUCGUGUCUUUUCCAUGUUUGCUGCUUUGGCAGUGUUGCUAGACUUCAUUCUUCAACUGUCGGCAUUUGUGGCUCUUAUAGUGUUUGAUAUUUUGAGAGCUGAGGAUCACAGAGUCGACUGUUUUCCAUGCAUAAAAGUUACUCCACAUUCUGAUGAACCUAACCAAGGCUUCAAUCAGGGGAAACCUGGGCUUCUUUCUUGGUACAUGAAGGAUGUUCAUGCACCCCUUCUUGGACUUUGGGGAGUUAAGAUAGCUGUUAUUGUCAUCUUUGUUGGUUUUACUUUAGGAGGCAUUGCGUUAUCUACAAAGAUUGAGGUUGGAUUGGAACAAAAGAUUGUCCUCCCACGAGAUUCUUAUCUUCAGGAUUAUUUCGAUGAUCUCGCAGAAUAUCUACGAAUUGGGCCUCCAUUAUAUUUUGUUGUGAAGGAUUAUAAUUAUAGCUCAGAAUCUAGACAAACGAACCAGCUGUGCUCCAUCAGCCAAUGUGAUUCGAACUCCCUGUUGAAUGAGAUAUCAAGAGCGUCAUUGACACCAGAACUGAACUACAUUGCUAAACCAGCAGCCUCAUGGCUAGAUGAUUUUCUUGUAUGGUUAUCACCAGAUGCAUUUGGUUGCUGCCGGAAGUUUACAAAUGGUUCUUAUUGCCCACCAGAUGAUCAGCCACCUUGCUGUUUUCCGGAUGAAGGUUCCUGUGACUCAAGUGGAGGAGUGUGCAAAGAUUGUACAACUUGCUUUCAUUACUCAGAUUUGGUUGCUGGCCGUCCAACUACAAUACAAUUUCAGGAGAAGCUUCCAUGGUUCCUCAAUUCUCUGCCAUCUGCUGAUUGUGCAAAGGGUGGUCAUGGAGCUUAUACCAAUAGUGUGAAUUUGAACGGUUAUGAAAGUGGUAUCAUAAAAGCAUCUGAGUUUCGGACCUAUCACACACCACUUAAUAAACAAGGUGACUAUGUUAAUGCACUGCGAGCUGCAAAGGAGUUUAGCUCAAAGAUGUCUGAUUCUUUGAAGAUGGAUAUCUUCCCAUACUCGGUCUUCUAUAUAUUCUUCGAGCAAUAUCUUGAUAUAUGGAAGAUAGCUUUGAUUAACAUUGCCGUAGCACUUGGGGCCGUAUUUGUUGUCUCUCUGGUUAUCACAUCUUGUUUGUGGAGUUCGGGAAUCAUUAUACUUGUUUUGGCUAUGAUUAUUAUUGAUCUCAUGGGAAUAAUGGCAAUUCUGAAUAUCCAACUAAAUGCAGUCUCUGUUGUCAACUUACUAAUGUCGAUAGGAAUUGCUGUUGAGUUUUGCGUUCAUAUAGUUCAUGCCUUUUUGGUUAGCUCAGGUGAUAGAAGCCAGCGAGCACGGGAGGCUUUGGGUACAAUGGGGGCCUCCGUCUUCAGUGGGAUUACUCUCACAAAGCUAGUUGGGGUCAUCGUUCUUUGCUUCUCGAGAUCAGAAAUAUUUGUGGUCUACUACUUCCAAAUGUAUCUUGCAUUGGUUAUCAUCGGUUUCCUCCAUGGCCUUGUGUUUUUACCUGUAAUAUUGAGUAUGAUUGGACCACCAUCAAGAUAUCUGGUUAAAGACGAUGCUCCUACGGAGACUGAGCUUCUUGUUUCAUAAAGCAUGAACUAUUAAUGAAAUUCAAAAGUCUGUCAUUAUGACAAGUUAUAAUCUCACUUCACAGGAUAAUGUAUAUAUUUACGUACAGAACUAAUUUAGGAGUUUUUCAUUUACAGAAGAAUCGAGAUAACAAUUGUGGGGUUUGGAAAUUGAACCAUAACCUUAAGGGUGAUAAUAGUUGCCUUAUCGCGUUAUACACGAAGUGAUACUUUA